AUAAAAACAUCGGGGCCUAAGCCUAGAGUUUAGAAACCUAAAAAUAAAAUUGCUAAAAAAGAUUUACUUCUGCGCCAUCUAUAUCACGUGAUAUUUAAAGAAUUAAACAACAAGAAAGAUGGCGGACAAUGCUGCAGAUUCCACUAAAAGUGAAGAUGAAAAUGUGGAAGAUUAUAAAGUCUCCUCUACCUUUAACAAUCCUCAAUCAGCUACCAAUUCAGAUUCAAGCUCAACGUCCAGUCAUGACAAUGUUCAAUCAGUCAGUAGUACAGAUGUCAGAGAACAUCCUAUUAUACAGCCAUCCAAGCUUGCUGCACCACAACCUGGAUUUUGGGCAUUUGGUUCAGCUCAUAAUGCAGGAAUGUAUUCAAAUCCCUUUGUACCAAAGGCACCACUAAAAACAGAUGUGGUUUCUACAGCUUCAGCAUCAGGGGAGGAUAGAGAAAGUAUUAUUGCCCCUGGUAAACUUGGUGCAGCUGUUGGCAGAGAUUUUGGUUCUGGCUUUACUUGUAAUGCUAGUAAAUCUUUUCAUAUUCGACCAUCAGUAUUCUCAGGAUCUUCUCCUUCAAAUCAUGUUAAAGCUCCUCUUUUGAAACCAGCCAAAUUGCCUGAUCCUACAAAAACAACAGAAAACAAAGUUGAUACUGAGACAGAUAGUUCAGCUGCUGUCAGGGAAAGAUUGUCCGGUGCUGACAGUGAAGUCUCUUCUUCUUCCUCAUCCUCCUCAUCACCACUUAUAGCACAGCAAGAUUUAGAAGCUGCUCCACCUAAGGAGCCAGCUUACAAACAGGAGAUUGUAGCAGAUAUUAGUAAAAAUAAUAAGUUAAAAGAUACAUCUGGUGUUUCAACUAGUUCAAAUUCUGAUUUUGUCUUUGGUAAAAAUCUUUCACAGCGAGCCACAGGCAUCACAUCUGGUGAACCUACUGCAAUAUUUGGAGAAAAUUUAACAUCCAAAACUGUUACAGAAACAAAUGGAUCUAAAGAAUUAUCAAACAAAGAUGACAGUGAUUCUGACUCAGGUAGACUAAAUAGAACUCUUGAAGAAUCUGCUCGAGAGUAUCAAGCCAAACAUGAAAACAAAACUGAAUUGAAAGAAGUAGAGAGAAUCACAGGUGAAGAAGAUGAGUCCAAUGUUUUACAGGCUAAUGCCAAGCUGUUCUUGUUUGAUGCUACAACACAGUCAUGGGUAGAAAGAGGUCGUGGCAUUAUUAGGCUAAAUGACCGUUCUUCUGAUGAUACUAAAGCCUUCCAGUCUCGGUUAGUAAUGCGUACUCAGGGCAGUUUGCGUGUAGUUUUAAACACAAAAAUUUGGCCUGGAAUGACAAUUGAGAGAGCAUCAGCGAAGUCUGUGAGGAUCACAGCAAUGGACACUGAUGAGAAUGUCAAAGUUUUCCUUAUUAUGACCAAUACCAAAGACUCUGAGAAUCUAUUAAGAGCGAUUGAUUGGAGGAUUCAGCGGCUGAAAAUCCAGGAAGAACCACACAGCGAGACACGGCCAGGAGAAAAGAGGAAGGCGGAUUCUGACUUUGAAUAUCCACAUAAAAAGAAAAUAAACAGUCCAUCUGAGUGUGUAAAGAAAGAUGAAUCAGACAGUAGUGUUCAGGAUCCAGAGACUGAAGCUUCUUGCGAAAGCCACUCUUCGUCUUUAACAAUCAAGUCAGAGUCAGAUGAAAUCUGACCUUAAGUAUGCAUUGACUCAGUCCCAAUUUGAAACAGGACCACACAUUUCUUGUUUUGAAGAAUGUAAAUAUGUGAGACCCAGUUUGAUACUGUAACCCUUCCUAUUUUAUUGUACCGGGUAGACGAUAUUAUACCUCUCAUGGAAUUUUCAUCAGUCAAGGAUGGUGUAAUAAAAAUUAAUGGCUCA